UGGCGCCCAGCCAGGGAGCUGUCUCAGCAUCAGCGCCUUGGGGUCCUGUUUGGGGUCUGCCCUAGCAACAAGGAGAUCUGCUGUCCCCGAUGAGGAAACUGAGGCCUCUAGAGGCUGAGUGACUUCGCCAACGUGUAGGAAGAGAUGGAGCUGGGAUUAGAAGCCAGGCCUGCUUCUCGUAGGAACCUGCUGGGAGGUGAGCGUCACGCCUGCUGAGCCUCCUCAGACCCGCUCGCCAUGCCCGGGAUCGUGGUGUUCCGCCGGCGCUGGUCUGUGGGCAGCGAUGACCUUGUCCUGCCAGCCAUCUUCCUCUUCCUCCUCCAUACGACCUGGUUUGUGAUCCUCUCAGUGGUGCUCUUUGGCCUGGCGUACAACCCCAACGAAGCCUGCUCCCUCAACCUGGUGGACCACGGCCGCGGCUACCUGGGCAUCCUUCUGAGCUGCAUGAUCGCCGAGAUGGCCAUUAUAUGGCUGAGCAUGCGGGGCGGCAUCCUCUACACGGAGCCCCGUGAGUCCAUGCAGUACGUGCUCUACGUCCGCCUGGCCAUCCUGCUCAUUGAGUUCAUCUACGCCAUCGUGGGCAUCGUCUGGCUAACCCACUACUACACCUCCUGCAAUGACGUCACUGCCAAGAACGUCACCCUCGGAAUGGUUGUGUGCAAUUGGGUCGUCAUACUGAGCGUCUGCAUCACCGUCCUGUGCGUCUUCGACCCCACUGGACGGACCUUCGUCAAACUGAGGGCCACCAAAAGGAGGCAGCGGAACCUUCGGACGUACAACCUGCGGCACCGCCUGGAAGAGGGCCAGGCCACCAGCUGGUCUCGUCGGCUCAAAGUGUUCCUGUGCUGUACGCGGACGAAGGACUCCCAGUCGGAUGCCUACUCCGAGAUCGCCUACCUCUUUGCGGAGUUUUUUCGGGACCUCGACAUCGUGCCGUCUGAUAUCAUCGCGGGACUGGUGCUUCUGAGGCAGCGGCAGCGAGCCAAGCGCAAUGCGGUACUGGAUGAGGCCAACAACGACAUCUUGGCUUUCUUGUCUGGGAUGCCUGUAACCAGAAACACCAAGUACCUGGACCUAAAAAACUCGCAAGAGAUGCUUCGCUACAAAGAGGUCUGUUAUUACAUGCUUUUUGCCCUGGCUGCCUAUGGUUGGCCUAUGUACCUGAUGCGGAAACCCGCGUGUGGGCUCUGCCAGCUGGCCCGAUCCUGCUCGUGCUGCCUGUGCCCCUCCCGCCCCCGUUUUGCCCCUGGAGUCACCAUCGAAGAGGACAACUGCUGUGGCUGCAAUGCCAUGGCCAUCCGCCGCCACUUCCUGGAUGAGAACAUGAGCUCGGUGGACAUCGUCUACACCUCCUGCCACGAUGCGGUCUAUGAGACGCCCUUCUACGUGGCCGUGGACCACGACAAGAAGAAAGUGGUGAUCAGUAUCCGAGGAACCCUGUCCCCAAAGGAUGCCCUGACAGAUCUGACUGGCGAUGCGGAGCGUCUCCCCGUGGAGGGCCACCAUGGCACGUGGCUGGGACACAAGGGGAUGGUCCUCUCUGCUGAAUAUAUCAAAAAGAAGCUAGAGCAAGAGAUGGUCCUCUCGCAAGCCUUUGGGCGGGAUCUGGGCAGAGGAACCAAGCACUACGGCCUGAUUGUGGUGGGCCACUCUUUGGGUGCGGGCACCGCGGCCAUCCUCUCCUUCCUCCUGCGCCCUCAGUACCCAACUCUCAAGUGCUUUGCCUACUCCCCCCCGGGGGGCUUGCUGAGCGAGGAUGCCAUGGAGUACUCCAAGGAGUUUGUGACUGCGGUGGUCCUUGGCAAAGACCUGGUCCCCAGGAUCGGCCUGUCACAGCUCGAAGGUUUCCGAAGGCAGCUUCUGGAUGUCCUGCAGCGUAGCACCAAGCCCAAAUGGCGCAUCAUCAUUGGAGCAACCAAGUGUAUCCCCAAGUCAGAGCUGCCAGAGGAGGCCGAAGUGACCGCCAUGGCCAGCAACCGCCUCUGGACCCACCCCAGCGACCUGACCAUCGCCCUGUCAGCCAGCACACCCCUGUACCCCCCGGGCCGCAUCAUCCACGUGGUGCACAACCACCCCGCCGAGCACUGCUGCUGCUGUGAGCAGGAAGAGCCCACGUAUUUUGCUAUCUGGGGGGACAACAAGGCCUUCAAUGAAGUGAUCAUCUCUCCAGCCAUGCUCCAUGAGCACCUGCCUUAUGUGGUCAUGGAGGGACUUAACAAGGUGCUGGAGAACUACAAUAAGGGUAAGACGGCCCUGCUCUCCGCAGCCAAGGUGAUGGUGAGUCCCACCGAGGUGGACCUGACCCCAGAGCUCAUCUUCCAGCAGCAGCCCCUGCCCUCCGGCCCCCACUCCCUGGAGCCUCCGCCUGCUGCCCCCAGAAGCAGCAGCAUCAAGAGCAAGUCCCAGUCUGAGAUCAGCCUGGAGGGUUUCUAUGAGACCAAGGCCUUGUCCCCCACAAGGAAGGACCCGGUGGAGCUGCUACUGCUCACCACCCAGGAGCGCCUGUCGGUGGAGCUGCAGGCCCGGCGGGCCCCCCUGGCCACCAUGGAGAGCCUGUCGGACAAUGAGUCCAUCUACAGCUUCGACUCUCGCCGCUCCUCCGGUUUCCGCAGCAUCCGGGGCUCCCCGAGUCUUCACGCGGUCAUGGAGAGGGACGAGGGCCACUGCUUCUACAUCGACCCGGCCAUCCCCGAGGAGAACCCUUCCCUCAGCUCAAGGACAGAACUCCUGGCCGCCGACAGCCUGUCCAAACACUCGCAGGACACGCAGCCGCUGGAGGCCGGGCUUGGCGGGGGCAGCGGCGGGGAGAGCCCGCAGCCACGCUCCAGCGGGGAGGAGGGUGGCUCUUCCCCUGCCCCGGCCAGGGGGGAGCUGACCCUGCAAAAUGGGCGCCUGGGGGAUUCGCCGAGCCCCCAGGUCCUGGAGUUUGCCGAGUUCAUCGACAGUCUCUUCAACCUGGACAGCAAGAGCAGCUCCUUCCAGGACCUCUACUGCAUGAUGCUGUCCGAGAGCCCCGGCGGCGACUACGGCGCGCUGCCCAAGUCGGUGAGCGAGCAGGAAAUCCUGCUGCGGGCCCAGUAUGAGCCGAACCUGGUGCCCAAGCCCCCGCGGCUCUUUGCUGGCUCCACCGACCCCUCGUCCGGCAUCUCGGUGUCGCCCUCCUUCCCCCUCAGCUCCUCGGGAGAGCUCAUGGACUUGACCCCCACUGGCCUAAGCAGUCAGGAGUGCCUGGCCGCGGACAAGAUCCGGACUUCUCCCGCUGGCCACGCGGCCAGCCCCUCCAAGCAGGAGGACCUCAUGAUCUCGGCCCUCUAGUUCUGGGGGUGGGGGGAGCUCGGACCCACCACACGGAGCAUGCAGCAGACCCAGGCCUGGGGUCGUCGUCCCCUGCCUGCCCGCUGGCAACGGCUGGAAGCGUCACCUGAGGGGCAGUUGGAGUCCUCGGGCCGAGCUGCCAGCAGAGGAGAGUGGAAUUACAGGGUCCGUUUCCCUACCUCAGCCCCAGUCAGUGCAGGCUCCUGGGGUCCACCGUGAGCUGGGGUGGGAGGUGAGCAGUCCAGGGUUCACCAAAGCCGCUACGGUCUGGGAAGGGGCCAGGAAGGGACCGGGCAGCGCUUGGCCUCCCACCCUCCCCCUCGCCACAUCCAGGAACAGCCUUCCCAGGGCUUCUCGGAAUCAUCACCUGCGUUCAUCUGGGCCCUGCCCCUGCCCCCCGCUCCCGCCAGACCACCCCAGCUUUCUCCCUGCUCUCCCCUGGAGAGGUAAAGGAGCCAGGGUCAGGCACUGCCCUCCCCUCUUGGUGCCCAGAGACCGGGCAUUAGGAAGAGGGAGGGGUGUGGUAGCAGUUUAUUUCCCUGACUCUCUUCCACCUCAUCCCUGGGCCCCAAAGCCCCACACCUGGCCUUGGCACGUCAGCAGGACUUGCCUCCAGCUGCCUCCCCAGCCGUGUCGCUGGGUCCCCAGUCUAAGGUCACAGUCAGCAGACACUAACUGUGUAUGUUUACAGAAGCCGACAGGCUCAGUCCGAGAUGUUUCUGCUAUGGCGGGCCUAGCCUCCUCUGCUCUGAGGCAGCUGCCUUCCCCACAGGCUGGGUACUCCCGAGGGUGGGCCUGGCCCAGGGCCUCCUGAGGGGACUUUUCAGGUCCAUCCUGGCUCCCCUCCCCAGAGCUUCUCAGAGGAAGGAGCCUUUUGGGCCCAGUUUGCUUCUCAGGCCCUAGGACUCCCCACCCCCCCGUUUAGUUGCACUCACCCUGUCCCCCACUGAAGGCUUCUCAGAUCCUGCAAGUGUAGACAGCAGCCUGGCCUGAGGCUUUGAGAUGAGCUUUCUGAAGGAGGUGGGUGCAGGUCCUGGGGGCAGCUAGGCAAUGGGGACAGACCAGGAGCGUCAGGUGGUGGUCGAAGGAGCUUUGGCUUCUCCCUUGCAGGCCUUACUGGCCCUGGCACUGGGGCUGCAAGCUGGUUCCUGCUGCAGCAGUGACACCCCCACCCCUUUCUCCAGCCUUUGCAACACCCCCCAGCUGAACCCCAGCCGCAUGGUGAGCUGUACUGCUUCAGAGAGGAGGGAAAGCAGGCAUGGCUGCUGCUUGCUGGGUUGUCCAUAGGCCUUCCUGCCACCUGCAUGCAUUCCCCGAGCUCAGGGCGCUUUUGGAGAAAGGGUCCUUGCCUGCUUCCCUUUUCCCCAGACACCUUGGAUGCCAGUAUUUGAAACGAAACCCUUCUCUACCUCCUUCCUGCCCUGUGGCUGGGCCACCUCGCUCCUAGGACGCAUCUCCCUUCUCAGUCCCUUGCAGAGGGACCUCCUGCCAGGAAGGAGGCCUCUGUCUGUCCCCACUGCUGGCCCCAUGCCCCCAUUAGCAGCUGAACCUAGGAAUAUUGCCCUGUGCAGAAGGAGGCAUGAAGGCCUGCUUGGGCUGCCUUAGAAAGGGAUGUCUGAGGACCCUCCAAAAGGAGAGGGUUCUAUGACCUCCCACAUGCUGCCAUACCCACAGAGGUGCCCAUCAGAGACUGAGCCUCCUCCCUCCACCCCCCACCCCCAGGGGACAAGGCCAGGGGUAAGCCCGGUGGCUCGAAGUGUUUUCAACAGUCAGCAUUUUCCUUGCUGAAGGAAGGGUGAGGGAGCCAGCCACUUUGACACCACUGGCCCUUACCGGAGCCCUCGGGAUUAGCGCAAGGUGAGCUGAUAGGGCCCGGCGAGUUGUGUGUGUGCCAGCUUCUCCCCACGGGGUCCAAGGAAAUGGCAGCACCCCUGCCUUUCUCCCCCCACAUCCUGGACCUUUUGCGUUCUUCCUGCUGUCACCCCAGUCCCCCUCCCCCUGGGGAUUACCAUCAUGGAAGUUAUCUGCUUAGACGCCUCACCAGCCUGCCCAGGCUUGGUCGAGUAUUUCCACUGUCUCCACAUCUCCCUUCCCGAUUCUGCCUCGGUUAUGUUCCCUGGAGCUUCUUUUUGGGGCUGGUUCGGAUGCCUGACCUCUUCCCAUAGAUGGCAUCAGAAUGCCAGUGAGCGAUGGUCGCCCCUCGGGAGGGGCCCUUCUUUCCUUUGCCCUCCUUGCCUGGCCCCACACCUGCUGGGAUUCCAUCCUGGGCACUUUGAAAGGAAGGGAACGUCCCAUGAUUCACCUAGGCAGUGGACGACAUAGGCUGGAAAAAGCCCCGAUGGGCAUCAGUCCCACCUCACAGUAAGAGGGAUGACGCCAGGGAAUCGCGCUCUGUCACCACCUCCCCCGUCUGCAUCACCGGCCCCACCUGUAGCCCUCCUUCCCCCGGGGCCGCCUGCUCCGCUCUGCUCCUGGGGUCUCACUCUAGGCUCCCACGGGGCCGACUCACCGUGGGCAUGGGCCACUCUCCAGCGUGGAAGGGCGAGGAUGGGGAGGUUAAGGUUCCGCUCCCAACGUAAGCUUGUGUCUGAGGGUGUAGUGUCUGUAGGCUGUCCGCAGGGUUGCCUUCCCUCGCCCCCUAGCCUCCGCCUGCCAAACUUCUGCCCCAGAGGCAGAGCUGGCUGGGUGCUCCAGAACCCCAGGCUCCCCCGACAUGCCCCUUUCCUCUCCCCCCCCGCCGUGAAGGCUGUAGCCACAGUGUCAUAGAUUGGCUGGUCCGGGGUCCCAAGGCCCCUCUACACUGGGGAGGGGCAGGUUCUCUCCCAAAUGGUCCCAAGAGGUGUUCACCCCUCUAAAACUGCUAGGCUCUGCCUCGAGUAGAAAAGAACCUCGGGGUGUCAGGGGUCACUCCAUUUUCCCCUGGGCCAGCAGGGAGCCAGGAGCAGCCGCCUCCCACCUCCACCCUUCAACCCCCACCUCUGGCGCAGCUCCCACUCCACUUUGCUCUCACAUCCCUGCCUUCAGUGGCCCCGAGCUGCUUCACUGUCCAGGGGCCAAGAGAACCUCCAUAUGCAAUCACCAAGGAAGCAACCAGGCCCUCCCCAUCCCCAUCGCCCUCUCCCUGCCCCGCCUCUGGCCCCCACAGACGGUCACGUGCCCUACGUGCCAUUCCCACCUGACUUUUUUGUACCUAAUGUAUGAAAGAUCCAAACUAAUAUUGCUGUAAAAAAGGAGAGACAAAUUAAUAUAGCUUAUUCUAUAAAUCUAUCUGUAUAUAGAGGUUUCUGUAUAUUGUAUAGAGCUGUGUAUAAACUGGUUGUAGAAGCAG